UUAACUUGUAUAGGCUACUUCAUGUAUAACAGUUUAUCCCUUUUUUUUGGAACGGUUUCGUAUUCUUCAUUUUCUAAACCGAGAAUCUGUUAGACUUUUUAUACAACCAUUGCCAUGACUCGCUGUCAAAUGCAGCUUAGUGCUGUAAAUUAAACACGUUUGUUUGCGCUGUCUUCAUUCAAGUAAAAUCACUUGCCAUUUUAUGAAUCACUACAAUAUUAAGUUUUUCAAGAUUCUAGUCUUGACAUGAAAUUGACAACAAACAAAAAACAAAGUAAAAUAUCACAUAAAAUAUUCUUCUUUUGUUUCCUUUUAGGCCAAAUUGAACUUGAAGAAACAUUGGCAUCCGAAAUAUCUUCUGGUUGUUUACAAAAUACUUUCCUUCCAAAAAGAAAGCAAAAAAUGAAAGCCUGCAAAUCUUUUACUUGCUCUCGUUGUGGAAAGGGAUUUGGAAGUAAAGGGAACCUUGUGAAGCACAAAAGAACUCACACUGAAGAAAAGCCUUUCACCUGCACUCAGUGUGGAAAAGAAUUCACAAGGAAAGUACAAGUGACCCAACACAUGAGAGUUCACACUGGAGAAAAGCCAUACACCUGUCCUGAGUGUGGAAAGAGUUUCAGACGAAAAGGUAAUCUAGAUAUCCACAUGAGAGUUCACACUGGGGAGCACCCGUACGCAUGUCUUCAGUGUGGAAAGAGUUUCUCACAAAAAGGUCAUCUUAAUAUCCACAUGAGAGUUCACACUGGAGACAGCCCAUACACCUGUCCUGAGUGUGGAAAGAGCUGCUCACAGAAAGGUCAUCUUGAUAGCCACAUGAGAAUUCACACUGGAGAAAAGCCAUACACCUGUCCUCAGUGUGGAAAGAGUUUCACACAAAAAGGUCAUCUUAAUAGCCACAUGAGAAUUCACACUGGGGAGCGCCCGUACGCAUGUCAUCAGUGUGGAAAGAGCUUCUCACAGAAAGGUCAUCUUGAUAGCCACAUGAGAGUUCACACUGGAUAUAGCCAAUACACCUGUCCUGAGUGUGGAAAGAGUUUCAGACAAAAAGGUCGUCUUGAUAUCCACAUGAGAGUUCACACUGGAGAAAAGCCAUACGCAUGUCCUCAGUGUGGAAAGAGUUUCACACAAAAAGGUACUCUUGAUAUCCACAUGAGAGAUCACACUGGGGUGCGCCCGUACGCAUGUUUUGACUGUGAAAAGAGUUUUACGAAGAAAUCAAGUCUUAAUGUUCACAUGAGAAUUCACACUGAAGAGCGCUCGUGACCAUGUGUUUAGUGUUAAAGGAUGUUCACACCAUCAGUGUUUAGGAUUGUCUUACACAUGUGAGUUUGGAAAUGUAUGUUUUCUUAAAUGCAUGAUGUGUUUUCAUAAUACAUGUAUACUUUCAUAUGAACACAGUAACAAUGAGGUAAUCACAUAUUCAUGCAUUACACAUAUAUCUGCACACCCUGCAUGAAUGUACUUUUGAUAUUUUAUUACACCGUUACACGCUGUGUUUAAUAUGUUAACCCUUGUGCUAAAUUUUUACAUUUCUGUCCAUUUCAGUUUUUUUUUUUUUUUCGUUUAUGCAAACAUUAUGCAUUUUGCAAAAGGUGUGUAUUUGUAUUGGAAUUUUAAUAUUUUGCUCUAUUUUUCUUUCAUAAAUGUUUUUUAAACUAGGUACAUGCAAUUGUUAAAAUGUCCUCAUUGUAACCGAUUAAAACUACAAAUUUGUAACUGUUUGCCAUGCAAGCAUAAAUCAUACAUUCCAUAUAAAAUCCUUUGAUUAUGUUGGCAAAGGCUUCAAAAUUACGAAAAAGGAAUACAUUUCAAACAUUUUCAAAUGUGUACUAUUUACUUUUUGCUUUUGCUAUUUUCUUCAUUUUAGUCUAUGGAGCAUUUCAGUUUUCCUGUUCCUGGUGUAUUAUACAGCACGGCGGGCAAACCGAACAUAUGGUACAGCUAUAACUGUGUUUACGUUUUAAUAUAUAUGUCAAAGUGUGGUUUGUGUGUGUGUGUGUGUGUGUGCGCGUGCGCGUGUGUGUGUUUUGAAAGAAAGACAUUUUACAGCAAAUCACCUCAUAUUCAAAUCACUGUAGCUUACUGAGACUUAAAAAUAUUUUUCUUUCAAACAUGUUUUUUAUCCCUUGUUUGCAUUAUUAUUCAUUUUAAUACCUUUUUUUAACUGAGAUAAAAGGUGAGCUUGAUUUUGAUGUAGAAGUUCAGAAGCCCCUCGGUACAGUUUUCACCAUAAAGGCAUAAUAGAUGUGGCAUUAUGUAAACAAACAAGGUUUCAACUCUGAAAAUGAAUGAAUUUUCGGUAGUUAUGAUUCAGAAAGCAUCUGGUUAAAACAUUAAAGUUAGUAAAAGUAGAAAAAAUUGAAUAUAUAAUCAUUUUAUGAGGGGUUUUGAACAUGGAAAUUUUUACCCAUUUUGAUUUUUUUAGAAAAUCUGACACUGCUCAAAAAUUCUAAAAAUAAAUGAAUGUUUGGUAGUUAUGAUAAGAACUGAUUCUAGUGAAAAAAAUUAAGUAAUUGAAAGUGUGAAAAAUAUGGAUAUAUAAUAUUUUUAUGACCGUUUUAGGACAUGGACAUUUUUGUCCAUUGUCAGCCUAAUUGUGAUUUUUUUAUAAUCUUACAUUGCUCAAAAAAUAAUGCAUUGAAAUUAUUGUUGUUGUUGAUUAAUAACAUAUCCAAAACUAUAUUAAUAAAAAAAAUCAGCUUCACAUUUAGUAUAUGGAAAAUAAUUAGAAUUAUUCAUUUUUAUCAUAAAAAACAACUGGGUCACCAUGUAAACAAACUGGUAUUUAAAGGGUUACAAUUCUAAAAAUCAUUGAAAAGUGUGAAAAAAUAUGUAUAUAUAAUAUUUUUAUGACCGUGUUUACACGUGGACAUUUUUAGCCUGAGUGUGAGUUUUUUAAAUUGGUGCACAAGGGUUAAUGCGUUUAAAAGCUAGACUACUGGCGGACUCCUCACCAUUAAAGAGAAAACCAUAACCAUAGUAAUGGACUUACAGAUUGUGAUAUGUUUAUUAUUUUUAUUUGACUUGCUAUUGCAAUUAAACUUGUACUUCUUUCAUACAAAUAAAACACAAUAAGAACU